GAGACGGAGGCGUGCAGGAGCUCAGUCCCGGGGUGGAGGUGGCUUCGCGCCCUUAGCCCUCCUGGACGGCCCGUUACCUUCUCCGUUGUCCCGAUGGGGAAACUGAGGCCCUGAGCCUGAGGCACACGCGGGGGGAGGCAGAAAGCGCGGCCAGAGGCGGAGGGAAAACAAAGGGAGAAUCACGGACACGACGAGGAGGGGGACGGACACACAGGGACAGAGACCCGAGUGGAGAGCUGAGUCUCGCAUUCGGGGCGGGGAAAGGCCGCAGGGUCUGCCAGGGGAGACAAUCGGGAAGCUCGGGGGUGGGGGCGAAGAGGGGGGACAGGCGGGGGAAGGGGCUGGGGAAAGCCCGAGGGAGGAGGAGAAGGAGGGAGGAACUUCCCAAAGUUGCAAAACAUGGCUACCUUGCCUGCGGAGCCGAGCGCGGGGCCGGCGGUCGGGGGGGAGGCGGUGGCGGCGGCGGCGACCGAAGAGGAGGAGGAGGAAGCGCGCCAGCUACUGCAGACUUUGCAGGCGGCCGAGGGUGAGGCGGCGGCGGCGGCCGGGGCGGGCGAAGCGGCGGCGGGAGCGGAGGGCCCGGGGUCCCCGGGCGUCCCCGAGUCGUCCCCCGAGGCCACUGCCGAGCCGCCCACCGGCCUCCGCUUCUCGCCCGAGCAGGUGGCGUGCGUUUGCGAGGCGCUGCUACAGGCGGGCCACGCCGGCCGCUUGAGCCGCUUCCUGGGCGCACUGCCCCCAGCCGAGCGCCUACGUGGCAGCGACCCGGUGCUGCGCGCGCGGGCCCUGGUGGCCUUCCAGCGGGGCGAGUACGCUGAGCUCUACCGGCUACUCGAGAGCCGCCCCUUCCCCGCCGCCCACCACGCCUUCCUGCAGGACCUCUACCUGCGCGCGCGCUACCACGAGGCCGAGCGGGCCCGUGGCCGUGCGCUGGGCGCAGUGGACAAGUACCGCCUCCGCAAGAAGUUCCCGCUGCCCAAGACCAUCUGGGACGGCGAGGAGACGGUCUACUGCUUCAAGGAGCGCUCCCGCGCCGCGCUCAAGGCCUGCUACCGCGGCAACCGCUACCCCACGCCGGACGAGAAGCGCCGCCUGGCCACGCUCACCGGCCUCUCGCUCACGCAGGUCAGCAACUGGUUCAAGAACCGGCGACAGCGCGACAGGACCGGGGCCGGCGGCGGCGCUCCCUGCAAGAGCGAGUCUGAUGGGAAUCCCACUACUGAGGACGAGUCCAGCCGAAGUCCCGAGGACCUGGAGAGAGGGGUGGCCCCAGUGUCUGUGGAGGCCACUGCCCAGGGCUCCAUAUUCUUGGCAGGAGCCACCCCUCCUUCACCGUGCCCCGCCUCCUCCUCCAUCCUGGUGAAUGGGAGCUUCCUGGCGGCCAGCAGCUCUCCAGCCGUGCUCCUCAAUGGCAGCCCUGUCAUCAUCAACAGCCUGGCCCUGGGCGAGGCCUCCAGCCUGGGCCCUUUGCUGCUCACAGGGGGCGGUGCUGCUCCUCCUGCGCAGCCUAGUCCCCAGGGGGCCAGCGAGGCCAAGACCUCCCUGGUCCUGGACCCUCAGACUGGGGAGGUUCGGCUGGAGGAGGCUCAGCCUGAGGCCUCUGAGACCAAGGGGGCCCAGGUCACUGCUUCAGGACCAGCCGGAGAGGAGGUCCCAGGAACCCUGCCCCAAGUGGUGCCUGGCCCCCCGCCAGCUGCCACCUUUCCUCUGACCCCAGGACCAGUGCCUGCUGUGGCUGCUCCACAAGUGGUGCCAAUCUCCCCACCCCCUGGGUACCCAACGGGCCUGGGCCCCACCUCCCCGCUGUUGAACUUGCCCCAGGUCGUGCCCACCUCCCAGGUGGUGACGCUGCCCCAGGCUGUGGGGCCACUGCAGCUGUUGGCAGCUGGGCCAGGCAGCCCUGUGAAGGUGGCAGCUGCAGCAGGCCCUGCCAACGUGCACCUGAUAAACUCUGGGGUGGGCGUGACGGCCCUGCAGCUGCCUUCGGCCACUGCUCCAGGAAACUUCCUCCUGGCCAACCCUGUGUCUGGCAGCCCAAUCGUGACGGGCGUGGCUGUGCAGCAGGGCAAGAUCAUUCUCACCGCCACCUUCCCUACCAGCAUGCUGGUCUCCCAGGUCCUGCCUCCAGCCCCCAGCCUGGCCCUGCCCCUGAAGCCAGAGACGGCCAUCUCAGUGCCUGAAGGAGCCCUCCCGGUGGCCCCCAGCCCUGCUCUCCCGGAGGCGCAUGCCCUGGGCACCAUUUCUGUGCAGCAGCCACCACCCACCCCUGCCGCCGCCUCUGGUGCCAGCCUGCCCUUCUCCCCAGAUUCCCCUGGCCUCCUGCCCAGCUUCCCAGCACCCCCACCAGAGGGGCUGAUGCUGUCACCUGCGGCUGUACCCAUCUGGCCAGCAGGGCUGGAACUGAGCACGGGAACAGAGGGGCUGUUAGAAGCCGAAAAGGGGCUGGAGACACAGGCUCCCCACACCGUGCUGAGGCUGCAGGACCCUGACCCUGAGGGGCUGCUCCUGGGGGCCACGGCAGGGGCUGAGGUUGAUGAGGGGCUAGAAGCUGAGACCAAGGUCCUGACCCAGCUACAGUCGGUGCCUGUGGAAGAACCCUUGGAACUGUGACCCAGCCUGGCCCAGUUGCUCUCCUGACAAUGGUGCUCAAGAUGCGGGGACCGCACCUGGGAGGAGGGAACCUCUCAGAAACGGUUGCUGCAGUCUGAAGAUUCCACACACACUACGUCCUUUAGGCCCAGUUAACCUCUCCAGGCCCUGGAGGUGCCUGGGGGACUUGCCCCUGUCCACUCCCUGUCCAGGGCACCGUCCCUCUCUGGACGGGGGGCUUCCUCUGUUACAGCCCUCUCCUUGCUCCGCCCUGCCAUAUAUCUGGGGCGAUCUGGGACGUCCUGACCCAGGACUCUACCCCCUCCACCUGGUGCUGGCUGUGAGCUGAAAACCCGGCCAGAUGGCUGGCUUUCCAGCCCCCACGAUCCCUCUCCCUGUCACUCCCUGAAACACUAUUAAUAGCUCCACUGAUAUCCAGUGUUCUCACAACUGCUUGGAAUCCGAGGAUGGGGGACAGGCAGUGCCCCGAGACUGACAGACCCUCCCCUAGCCCGGCCCUUCCUGCUGAAAAGGGAUGCCCGGUGCGGGCAGGGCGGGGGCCUGCUCCACUAGCUCCCCCAGACGAAAGCCCUCGUUAUCACGUCCAGCCCCAGACCAAAGAGUCCCUCAUCCCUGGGGGCAAGCCUGACCCCCGUGUCCAGUUUGUAUCCUAAAUCUUUAUUUUUCUAGAACAUGUUAUGCCUCCAUUUCAAUUAAA